GUUUUGAAACUUCAGCUUAUAAAACCAGUAGAGUCUGAAUGAAGCCUCCAGCUGCUGAUCAGGACCAGACGUUAAGAUCUGAAGAUGAGACGUGUCGUCGUUCUGUUGGCUGUGUUGUGUGUGUGUGAUGGUGUCAGGUUUGGUCAGCUCUGCAGUGGAAACCCGACCAACAGAAGGAGGACGUCAGACGGCUGGGGACAGGGUCACUACGGAGCCGGACGAGUGGACAGGCUACAUAAAGGUCUGGACAUCGUGUGUGAGGACGGAUCAGACGUCCUCGCUCCGUUUGACGUGACUCUACACGGAGGACUCCUCGUCUACAAUAACCCCAGCAAGGCCGCCAUUGACAGCGGCAUCAACUUGAGAGGACAGGGUCUGUGUUUCAAGCUGUUCUACGUGAGGCCGGACCGGACCUCUGGAUCAGUGAGGAAGGGAGACAGGAUCGGAACCAUGCUGCCCAUGCAGAGCGUUUACCGAGGAAUCACAUCACAUGUCCACGUCCAGAUGUGUGACAAGAGUGACCCCACACCCUACUUCUGAUCCUGAUCCACUGAGAACCUGAACCACUGAGGACCUGAUGGACUCAUGGAUGACUUCACUUCUCUGUGUUGACACUAAACCUUUCCUGUCGUGUUUCCUGUUGAUCACAACUGAUCAACUUUUAUAAACUAAUCAAAUAUUAAAUGAGUUCUGUGAAAUUAUCAAAUAAAGUUUUUACUGUCUGAAAA